AUCGAUGACUAAUUCUGAAGAUAUAAAAAUGUGCCAAAACUCGUUUUUUUAAAGAACAGUAAUCUGUAUUUUUGGAUAGUUUUGAAAUCCCGAGAUGAAUUUGACUCAUUUUCAUGAAACAUUUCUUAUAUUAACAAUCAACCGUUCACGAGAUAUUUGAGUUUUUCUUGAGAAAAUGAAACAUCCGCAUGUCCACCAUAAAACUACGGGCUACAAAACCUUCAUUUCGAACAGUUUGAGAAUGUUUAUUGGAGUUAUUAAUUUGACGUAAUUUGUGUAUUCUGAAUGUUUCACGAAAGAGCGAAAAUUGGAAAAUAUUGCAUUGUCUCUUCACAAAAAACUUACAUGCAUUUAUUAACUCUUUUCAUCAAAUUUUUAUUUAUAGUACGACUGAUUUCAACGGCAUCUAUGGCGUUGAAAGCUUGUAAAACGUUUCUAAAUAUAUUCUCCUCACUUGUUGAAGGAUCUGCAUAUACAAUAUUUUUAAUAUGUCCCUAUAGUUAAUAGUCCAUAAGAGACAGAUUGGGGGAACGUGCUGGCCAAGUACGGCCCACUAUUGGCAAUCCACCUAUCGUAAAAUAAUUGAUCGAUACGCCUACGGUCCUGCAAUUAUGAGGCGGUGCUCCAUCGUGUUGGUACGAAAUAUUUUCCGCAUCUUCAACUGCUAUAUUAUUCACUGCAACUCUCACAAAAUUUUGUAUUGUUACAGUAUCCUUCACCAUUCAAUUUUUCAUCAUAGAUGUACAAACACAGAAUCCUAUUGUGCUUUAUUGCACAAAAAAGCUUAAAACUCCAAGUUUUUUGGAAAUAUCGGUCACGAGUAAGGUGUGGAUUUUCAUUAGCCCAAAAAUGAGUAUUAUUUAUGUUUGAAUAAUUCAUUUUUGGUAAAUGUAGCUUCAUCACUCAAUAUAAUUUUUAAAGAAAACAUGGACGGUACAAAUCCGUGUCUUCCAGACGAUGUACCUACCAGUUGAUGUUUGAACGGUUCCCAUUUAUGCUUUUUCAAAUUGUGGUGAGCGGUUCUGGGUUCAACUGGUAGGUUUUUGUCACAAUCUUUCAAAUACACAUUUGGAUGAGCAGCAAAAUAUCCAAGAACAUCUAUUUCCAGAUCUUCAAUCUCCAUCUGAGGCUUUCGCUUGAUUAUUUUUGGAAGCAAUGAUCUAUGGUGCAAACAAUUUUUCAACAGUCUUUUUACCGUAUUGUGAUUCGGGUUGAGUUUUUCCGGAUAACUUUCGGUGAAUAACCUGCAUGCCCGGUCGAUAAUUCGAUUACAAUCACCAUUUUGAUCAUAAUCAUAUAUUGUGUAAAAGUUAUCAUGCAGUGCCACACCUAUAACGAACAUCAAGAGUGCACGUAGGUACUUUGUAAUGUCAAACUAAUUGAGAUUUAAGAAACUUUUUUACUUAAAACCGUGUAUAUAUAUAUAUUAUUUUAACAAUUUGCUGGAGGAUAAUUUGCAAAAUUAAUCAAUCAUUUUGUCGAGGCUACAAGUUUUAUAUAUUCCUAUAACUGGAUGAAAUGCAAAGUCUAAUACGGAGAAUUGCAGCUAACUUAUCGAUUUACAGAACUAGUUAUCAGGCAAUCCAAAAUAUAAACGAUAGCAGACAUGAAAAAAAAUAUCAUAGACAUUAUAGCCAUCACUUUAACACUAAGAAUAUUACUUAUACUGCUGUGGGUACUUGCUUAGGUUACUGUCUCUACAAAGAAAAAAAAGGAAAAGAUGCUGAAGGAUCCAAAGGAGAAGAUACUGAAGAACCCAACAAAAAUGAAAUUGUAGCAGGAAAGUUCACAGAAAAGUUGCCUUUUUAUUCUGUUGAAGAAAUCAGUAGACAUACCACAAUGAAAAAUGGGGUAUGGGUGAUAUAUAAAGAAGGUGUUUACGACAUAACAGAUUUUAUAAUAGAGCAUCCAGGGGGAGACCAGAUCUUCAUGGCAGCCGGUAGUUCAAUUGAACCAUUUUUUUUUCUCCAUAGAUUUCACGAGAGUCCCCAUGUAUACGAAAUUUUAGAAAAAUAUAGAAUAGGUAAUUUACAAGGAGGAAAUAUGCACAUAACAGAUGAUUUGGUUGAUCCGUAUGACAGUGACCCAAGAAGACAUCCUGAUUUAAAACCCUUAAGUUUGAGGCCAUUUAAUGGAAACUGUGAACCAUCUGAGUUAGUCGAGCAGUUCAUCACACCUAAUGAACUGUUUUAUGUGAGAAAUCAUCUACCAGUUCCUCUAGUAACAGAUCCAUGUAAUUAUGAAAUAGAAGUUGUAUUGGAAGGUAAAGAUGAAACUCUCACCUUCACAUUGGACGAGUUGAAAAAACUUCCAAAACAUACUAUAGUUGCAGGGAUGAUGUGUUCUGGCAAUCGAAGAACAGAAAUGUCAAAGGUUAAGCGUGUGCUAGGGUUGAUGUGGGGUAUAGGAGGUAUGAGUAACGCAACAUGGACAGGUGUCCCUUUACGGCAAGUUCUAAAUCUGGCCAAACUAGACGAAAACGACACUAAAUACAAACACAUUCAGUUCGAGGGAAUAGAUGCUGAUGUUACCGGAAAACCAUACUCGGCUUCAAUUCCUAUCUGGAAAGGAACUGAUAAAAGGGGAGACGUUUUGUUAGCAUAUGAGAUGAAUGGUGAACCACUUCCGAGGGAUCACGGAUAUCCUUUAAGGGUUUUGGUACCAGGAGUUGCGGGUGCAAGAAGUGUUAAGUGGUUAACUAAAAUAAUUGUAUCAGAAAACGAAAGUGAUUCACAUUAUCAAUUGAAAGAUUAUAAAGGAUAUUCACCUUCUACUUACUACAAUAACGUAGAUUACACAAAAUCUCCAGCCAUCCAAGAACUCCCUGUCACAUCAGCCAUUUGUAAACCAAGUGAAAAUGAUACCGUACAGGUUAAUAAUGGAACAAUCCCUGUGAAAGGUUAUGCGUAUUCGGGAGGUGGACAAAAGAUAGUGAGAGUUGACGUCACUGCAGAUGGUGGAAAAUCUUGGCACGUGGCGGACUUGGGUCAUCAAGACACUGCUCUACCACCUCAACACUGGGCCUGGACAAUUUGGUCAGUCAGUAUUCCAGUAAAAAAAGAUCAAAAAAAGAGUUACAGCCCUCAGUUUCCGACUUCAGCCCACUCGACCUAAGGAAAGCGAAGGUCAGAUGCUUUGAUGAGCCGAGGUCUUUAAUGUUAUUAAAAAGAAGACCCCAUUCAUUGGCUUAUCCUUGUGUUGCUGCAAGAGUGAAGUGACCUCUGCGGUUUUUAUGUGGACCUAUUGCUGAACAGGUUCCAACUCGGUGACAAAGUUGUGAUCAUCUCGUCCAGUCUCGAAAACUAUUUAGGGCAGUUGCCCUGAAGAGAAAUGCUCAAAUUUUUGUCCAUUCAUUAUCACCGACCAUGUGGAGAAGGAGAUUCGAACUCCUGAUGACUUUACAGGCUCAAGUCCACAGCCUCCCUGUUGUCGGGGGAAGUACAAACUUGGAACGGACGAUUAGGGAUGGAAACUACUAUGAAGAUGCACCAUUUUUCGGGUCAUUACGUCAAAUUGAUACACCUCAUUCCGAAUCCACUUCGCUACUCCAAACGAGUAGAGUAAAAUUGGAACGGCAAGAAUAUUCGUAGCAACAACUUUGUUCUUCCCAGACAGGUCCGAUGACCAGAUAUGUCGGAGUUUGUGCAGGAUACUUCCAUUAACGAGCUGCACAUCUUCUCCGUAAUCUCCGCAUUGUCCUCUUUCAAGGUGGACCUUUGCACAUUUAUCUAUACCUAAUACCAUACCGAUAGUUUGCGUGUACCUACUCUUCCGGCACCUUGAAGAACUGAUGGAAAUCCAUUUCUCCAGAAACAUACAGUUUAAAAUCAUUCAUAAAAAACAAAUGGGUGACCUUAUGCCUCCGUUUGGACUCUAGCCUGACCAGACGUUAUGGUGAAGCGAGUCCGCCAGUUGUUGGAGGCACCUCACUAUUUUGUCGGAUACGGCAAGGCAUCUGAGCAAAUGCAAGAUGAGCUCAUGCGAUGUUGUAUCAAAUGCUUUGCUGUAAUCGAUCCAGAGAGAUUACGCUUGCAGGACUUGACACAGUAUAAAAGCGCUUUAAUUUGAUUAGGUUAUAAGAAUAAAUGAGUCUCUUGAUACUCAGUGGUUCGUGAAUUUGAUAAAAUCAUAAUAAGAAUCCCCAUAAUAAAUCAAAUGGCAGUAGUAUCAGAAAAAAUCGUCAUAUAACUGCCGAAUGGGUGGAGAUCAAUAAUAGGGGCAGUAUUCGCGUAUAUAGGGUGGUUGUUAUGUACAGAGCUAUAUAGCCUCUCCCCAGCCAGUUAACGAAGAGGUGGAAGUAGCAGUAUUACCACAUGUUGGCGCGUUGCCGCAGUGCGGCACAUAGCCGCCAAAUUACGACGUGAUUACGACCUAUAGCUUAAGAAACGUCACCGCGUCACCGCAUAGGGAAAACAAUCACGACAGGCGUGGCGUGUAAUCUUAGCUUUAAUAUCGCUAAGUAUUAGUAUCCCUCAAGACUAAGAUGCAAUACCAAACAUCGUCUGUCGCAAGGUGGAACCGCCCGCCCCCUCUUGGAGGCGCCCCAAACUUGAUUCAAGUAUCCAUAGCCUUUCUCUAUGAAAGGCAGGACGGGCGAAGUUAGGAGAAUCCCCUUGAGCUUAUUUCUCAGUUGGUAGGUUGAGUAUAUAUAGGUACUUGUACGCAAAUUGUAAUUAUGUUGUUAACAGUUCUUCUGAGGUAUGUCUAGGAAUAAUUAAAGAUAUAUAAACUUUGUUAGUGUGAUUAUAUAAUAGAGCCUCGUUAAUCCGGACCUCUGUUACUUCGGUGCACACUGUAAUCCGAACAGGCGAGAUGAUCGCGUGGGGGAACGUUCACGGGGAAAGCGGUAGGUGCGUGUCACAACGUGUCACUAUUCAACCAUAUGCCGUCACUAUAGUCAGUCUUUUGUUUACUUCUGUGCAGUGUUAGUUAAUUUAACGCGCAUUCGCUGACAAAAUGCACCGCUGCGCAAACAUUCUACAUUGUCAGUAAAAGACAAAUUGGGUAUUAUAAAGGGGUCUUCCAACAGGGACUUCCGAACUUUGACAAUUGAUAACGGCCAUCUUGUUGAAGCUACAUCUGUCAAAUUAGUUGUUUGACAACUGUCUGUUUGACAAAUUACCAUGGACGAUUAUAGCGUUCAACAACACGUGCAAAAUAGUUUUAUCGAAAUGCGUGUUCUUUUCGGGCAAGGUACUGGGCGCUUCGCCCAUUUUAAGGUUGCCAUAAUCGUCCUACCGAGAGGACUGUUCACAAUGUGGUGGAUGAAUUUGAGU